UAUAUUUAUAAUAUUAUAAAUGCUUGCUUCGCACUUAAAGAAAAUUAGAGCUGACAGAGUUCUCUCCACUGCUGCCAAAUCUGCUGCAGUUGAGAAUUUAGCAGGAGAAUGGAAUUUGGAUGAAGAAAAUACUUUAACCAAGGAGUUCCUCUUCCCAACUUAUGAAGGUGCCAAUAAUUUCCUUCUUAGGUUUAAUGACUACUGCUCAAAAAUUAACAGGAAACCUCAAUGGAGAAAUGUGUAUAACACUGUUACUGUCUCUCUCCAAGAUAAUGAGUUUGAUGAUGUUACCACCAAAGAAUUAGAAGUUGCUAGAUACCUUGAUGAAGUAUACGAUGUCACUCUCAACUUUGACGAACUUGUUGAGAACCCUGAAUUCCAUGCUUCAGAAGUAUUAAUUGAUAAGCCAAAGAGAGUACUCCUAUUGGACUACUAAUCAUAUUGAGACAGAGAAUUUUAGAAAAGGAAGGAUCUCCUCUUUAUAAAUGCUUUUAGUCACUCUUUGUCUAAAAUUU